UUCACAGUUCGCACCAUAACACCCAUACAAGUUUACAGAAACCCUUGGAAGAUUCUUCAGUUUUCACGGGAAAACCGCUGAGCAGAGACAGAAUAGGCUCCGAGAUCUGCAAAUUCAUGUAGGAAGCCGAAGAACUUGCCCCAUAGGAGCACAAAGAACAGCUUUUGAAUCAACCCCGAUUCAACGAAGUAGCGUGGACAGCUAUGGAUUUGCUCCAAAGCUAUGUGGAGAAAAGUGAUGAUGAUGAAGGACGAAAACCUACAUCAACAUCAUCUGCUCCUUCGUCACCAGACUCAUCUCCUCCUCGAAUUUCUUUACCUUCAAAAACCUCAGCUCCAAAGGUCGAUGACAAUCUAGCCCUCACUGUUGCCAAGACAAAUCGAACACUCCACAAACCGAUUGAUCCAGCUCAGCAUGUUGUAGGUUUCAACCCUACAUAUGACCAGCUCUGGGCCCCAAUUUAUGGCCCUGCACACCCCUAUGCAAAGGAUGGUGUUGCCCAGGGCAUGAGAAAUCACAAGUUAGGAUUUGUGGAGAAUGCAGCAAUAGAACCCUUCAUCUUUGAUGAACAGUAUAAUACCUUCCACAAGUAUGGAUAUGCUGCUGAUCCUGCGGCAUCAGCAGGGAACAAUUAUGUUGGCGAUUUGGAGGCCUUGCAGAAAAACGAUGGGAUUUCUGUUUAUAAUAUUCCACAGAAUGAACAGAAGAAGCGAAAGCUUGAGAGAAAGAAAGAAUUGAAGGAGAAUGAGGAGCUUGAUGAUUCAGGUGGUGAUGUUGAUAUGUCUGAGGUAGACAACCCCGCUUCAGAAGAGUGGCUAAAGAAGAACCGUAAGAGCCCAUGGGCUGGGAAGAAGGAAGGAUUGCAGAUAGAACUGACAGAAGAGCAGAAGAAGUAUGCAGAGGAGCAUGCAGUGAAGAAGGCUGAGAAGGAGAGGGGUGGAGGAGGUGAUAAGACUGAGCAUGUCACUGAUAAGAGUACUUUUCAUGGGAAGGAGGAACAGGACUACCAGGGUAGGUCCUGGAUUGCUCCUCCAAAAGAUGCCAAGGCCACAAACGAUCAUUGUUAUAUACCAAAGCGGUGGGUUCACACAUGGAGUGGGCACACAAAAGGUGUAUCGGCAAUUCGGUUCUUUCCAAAGUCCGGACAUUUGCUCCUCUCAGCAGGAAUGGAUAACAAAGUCAAGAUAUGGGAUGUUUUCAACUCAGGAAAGUGCAUGCGGACAUACAUGGGCCAUUCAAAGGCUGUUCGUGACAUUUCCUUCUCGAAUGAUGGGACAAAAUUUUUGAGUGCUGGUUACGAUAAAAACAUCAAGUAUUGGGAUACAGAGACUGGGAAGGUGAUUUUGACAUUUUCUACUGGGAAGAUCCCUUAUGUUGUUAAGCUCAACCCAGAUGAUGAUAAGCAAAACAUCCUUCUGGCUGGAAUGAGUGAUAAGAAGAUUGUCCAGUGGGAUAUGAACACUGGACAGAUCACCCAAGAAUACGAUCAACAUUUGGGUGCGGUGAAUACUAUUACAUUUGUGGACAAUAACAGGAGGUUUGUCACAUCAAGUGAUGACAAAUCCCUCCGAGUGUGGGAAUUUGGUAUUCCUGUCGUUAUUAAGUACAUCAGUGAACCUCAUAUGCACUCGAUGCCAUCGAUUUCCCUUCACCCUAAUUCAAAUUGGCUUGCUGCUCAGAGUUUGGACAAUCAGAUUCUUAUCUACAGCACGAGGGAGAGGUUUCAGCUCAACAAGAAAAAGAGAUUUGCAGGACACAUUGUGGCUGGUUAUGCCUGUCAAGUCAAUUUCUCACCAGAUGGACGGUUUGUCAUGUCAGGGGAUGGCGAGGGAAAAUGCUGGUUUUGGGACUGGAAAAGUUGCAAAGUCUUCAGAACUCUAAAGUGUCAUGAAGGUGUAUGUAUUGGCUGUGAGUGGCAUCCACUGGAACAAAGCAAAGUGGCAACCUGUGGCUGGGAUGGCAUGAUUAAGUACUGGUAA